CACCUUAUCCCUAAACUAACCCACACAGCCACACUACCUUCGCUAGAAUUCUGAGACAAUGACUUAAUGAGAGAGAAAAAAAUAGAUGAGAGUGAAAGAGGAGACGAGAAAGCUAACUUUUCAACCCCACAUCCGCGGAAGAGGAGGCCCCCCGGUCAGCCUCCAAGCUUGGUGCUCUCCGAUCUUUCCCACAAGAAAAAUGCGUUACUGGCCGGAAGAAAGCCGGAAAAAGAAACAACUAUUUCCAACUUCGAGGCCUACCAGGAAAAGAAAAAGGAAUGGAGUUGAUCCGGUGGGGCUUUCUAGACUCCCAUCCACAGAAUCAGAUUUGGCCGCCAGAGACCUUCGUCAAAGCACAUCCGAGAUCCGACCAUCUUUCUUACUUCUCAUCGCAUCUUCCAUUCUUGGUCCCUUCAUCUCGGUGGGCUCUCAAGAGGUCUGCAUACUUGAGGAGAAGGGAGGGGCAGGGGUGAACUUCUGGAUGCACUUUCAUAGGAAGAAGCAGCUUUUCCUGCACCAUUUUCAUUUUUGAGUUGACAGAGAUGGAAGCAACAGUUCUGGAACUGUAGAAGUCUGUAGAAAACUAGUGUUACCCCUAUCGCUGGAUUUCUUCUUGUAAUCAAUCUUCCAGCGGGAAAAAGUCAGCGAUGUACCUUGUUCUUGUACUUAAUGAUACUAUUUAUUGCUUGAAAGAAAAGCCAAGAGACGCCAAUGAUAAUAUGCAAGACAAUGUGAAGCAGCAUGUAAGAGCCACGACAUGACACUGAAUGAAUUCAUUUGUUUUUAGUUGGUUUUGGAAGGCAUCGGCUUGAUUAGUUAGGAUAUUUUGCAAAUUGCAAUUAGUUAUAGCAGGCAUUGUAACAUCAUAGGAGUAUAAGUUUAAACAUUUGAAACCCGUUCUAUUGUAAAAAUAUCAAAUUCAUGAGUACAUUAUUUUGGUAGUGUUAUAAUGCUGAUGA